AUGUAUAGACAAGUAUUGGUGGAUCCUUCUCAAACACGUCUGCAAAGGAUACUAUGGCGGGACGACCCUGCUAACAACGUCGACACAUACGAACUAUUGACAGUUACGUAUGGAACAUCAUCAGCUUCAUACUUGGCCAGCAGGUGCCUUACUUAUCAUGCCGAUCAAUACGCAGCUAAGUACCCGGUAGGCUCUAGAGAGGUGAAACGCAGUUUUUACGUAGAUGACUUUUUGUCAGGAGCAGAUACUCUGCACGAGGCUAAGGUACUCCGAGAUGAACUAAUAGAAUUGCUGAGAAUAGGAUCUUUCGAACUCAGUAAGUGGGCGUCGAAUUGCCCAGAACUCCUAAAAAAUAUAAAGGAUCGUGAUGGGGAAGUAAUUACCAUUCAUAACGAGACAGAUUCUAGCAUACUAGGGAUUCAAUGGAAUCAAGUCAAGGAUGUUUUUCACUUUGCAUACAAUUCAGAUUCCACUAACAGCGCAGUAUCUAAGCGCGUUAUUCUUUCUGAAGUUUCCAGGUUGUUUGAUCCUCUGGGUCUCCUCGGACCCGUCAUUGUAAUUGCCAAACUCAUUCUUCAAGACCUGUGGAAGGCCGGCAUCCAUUGGGAUGAAUCUGUGCCGCAGGAAUUACAUACAAGCUGGCUAAAAUUCAAGUCUCAAUUACAUGCUGUAAAUCAGCUACAAAUCCCUAGGGGUGUCAAAUACAACCCAGACUCACAGCUCGUGCAAUUACACGGGUUUUGUGAUGCAAGUCAAAAUGCAUAUGGCGCAUGUAUAUAUGUACGCACAACCAUCGAAUCUAGUGAAUAUCGUUCACAGUUGCUGUGUUCAAAAUCCCGUGUGGCACCACUCAAGGCCGUGUCACUGCCAAGACUUGAACUAUCGGCAGCGGUUCUGUUAGCUCAACUCAUAACUAAGGUGAAAGACUCAUUGGGCUCGCCCAUGCAAGCAUUUCUUUGGUCGGACUCCACCAUAGCAUUGAAUUGGAUAGCUUCAUCCUCGCGCAACUGGUCAGUAUUCGUGGCAAAUAGAGUCGGAGAAAUUCAAAGGUUGACUCAGAUCAGUCAGUGGCGUCACGUCUCCUCUUCCGACAAUCCUGCAGACAUACUAUCCAGAGGCAUAUAUCCGUAUGAUUUAAUCGCAUCAUCCAUGUGGUGGCACGGGCCCAGCUUUCUACAGUUGCAUGAAAAUCAGUGGCCAUCGGGAAGUUUUACAUAUCCGAGGGAGGAUAUGCCCGAACAAAGAAGAAUAGCCGCGAUUGUCGUCAAGCAUGACCAAUGCAUGGUCAUCCAGCUAUUAACCAAGCAUUCAAGUCUAAACAAAAUCCUUCGGAUCAUUGCGUAUUGCAUGAGAUUUUCUAAGAAACGGAAUCUCGCGCCAAAUAGAACAAUAUCUUCGUCUGAACUUUUACUUGCAACGGAAAUCGUGUGCAGGGCGGUACAAAAACAAGUCUUCUCUAAAGAAUACGAAGCAUUAAAAUUAGGAACAACCAUUAAUGCAGGCAGCCGUCUAUUGCCGUUAACUCCUUUCAUGGAUAAAGAUGACCUAAUCCGGGUGGGCGGUAGGCUUAAAAACUCAAACCUAGAUUUUGACGCAUGCCAUCCCAUUUUGCUGCCGCGCAAUCACGAUUUAACACAAAAAAUAAUUAGACAAGAGCAUAUUCGGAAUAUGCACGCCGGAACGCAAGGUACUAUGGCCGCCGUCCGGCAACGUUUCUGGCCACUUUCGCUAAGAUCCGUAGCGCGAAAGAUCAUACAAGAAUGCGUAACUUGUUUUAAGGCAAAACCGCGAUUCUCGGAAGCCUUAAUGGGAUCAUUACCCGCCGGUCGAGUCACCCCAUCUAGACCGUUCGCGCAUUGUGGGAUAGACUAUGCCGGUCCAGUCACAAUACGCGAAGGAAACAGGCGCAACUCUCGCAAUCAUAAGGCCUACAUAGCCAUUUUCGUAUGCUUUGCCACUAAAGCCGCGCACAUCGAAGUCGUAAGCAAUUUAACGACAGACUGUUUUCUUGGUGCAUUCAAACGUUUCAUCGCGCGAAGAGGGAAACCGACCCACAUGUACUCGGAUAAUGGGACCACCUUCGUCGGGGCAAAAAAGCAAAUCAAGGAACUAUACGAAUUUUAUAACAAACAAGAAACGCAGUCCGAUCUCAAUCAAUUCUGUGCCAACGAGGGCAUUUGCUGGGAAUUCAUUCCGCCCAACGCUCCUCAUUUUGGCGGUUUAUGGGAAGCGGCGGUAAAAUCCGCCAAACAUCACUUGACUAGAAUUGUGGGUCAAGCCCAUUUAAAUUUUGAAGAACUGCAGACUGUAUUGUCUGAGAUAGAAGCUAUAUUAAAUUCGCGCCCUAUUACGCCACUAAGCGAGGAUCCCAACGACUUGUAUUAUCUUAGUCCGGGUCACUUUCUGGUUGGUACAGCACUAAAUAGUUUUCCUUGCAGAGACUUUAGCGAGAUCAAUGAGAAUAGGCUCCUACGAUGGCAACGCGUGGAGCAACUUCGACAGCACUUUUGGCGCAGAUGGAGUAGCGAGUACUUAGGCUCGUUGCAGGAAAGGUCGAAAUGGAAACAAAAUUCGGGCAUUCAACUACGCGUCAAUCAGCUCGUACUUGUAAAACAACAAAAUCUACCCCCUCUACAAUGGGCUAUAGGUCGCGUCUUAGAGAUUCAUCCCGGAUCCGACAAUGUAGUACGAACUGCAACUAUAAAAACCACCAAGGGUACUUAUGUUAGACCAUUGUCGAAGCUCGCGAUAUUACCCUCAGAAAUCCAACCGACGGAUAACUAA